AUGGUGUCAGAGGGCGAUGGAGUCAGAGGGCGAUGGAGUCAGAGGGCGAUGGUGUCAGAGGGCGAUGGAGUCAGAGGGCGAUGGUGUCAGAGGGCGAUGGAGUCAGAGGGCGAUGGAGUCAGAGGGCGAUGGAGUCAGAGGGCGAUGGUGUCAGAGGGCGAUGGAGUCAGAGGGCAAUGGAGUCAGAGGGCGAUGGAGUCAGAGGGCGAUGGAGUCAGAGGGCGAUGGAGUCAGAGGGCGAUGGUGUCAGAGGGUGAUGGAGUCAGAGGGCGAUGGUGUCAGAGGGCGAUGGAGUCAGAGGGCGAUGGAGUCAGAGGGCGAGUCAGAGGGCGAUGGUGUCAGAGGGCGAUGGAGUCAGAGGGCGAUGGAGUCAGAGGGCGAUGGAGUCAGAGGGCGAUGGAGUCAGAGGGCGAUGGAGUCAGAGGGCGAUGGAGUCAGAGGGCGAUAGGGCGAUGGAGUCAGAGGGCGAUGGAGUCAGAGGGCGAUGGAGUCAGAGGGCGAUGGAGUCAGAGGGCGAUGGAGUCAGAGGGCGAUGGUGUCAGAGGGCGAUGGAGUCAGAGGGCGAUGGAGUCAGAGGGCGAUGGAGUCAGAGGGCGAUGGAGUCAGAGGGCGAUGGUGUCAGAGGGCGAUGGAGUCAGAGGGCGAUGGUGUCAGAGGGCGAUGGAGUCAGAGGGCGAUGGAGUCAGAGGGCGAUGGUGUCAGAGGGCGAUGGAGUCAGAGGGCGAUGGAGUCAGAGGGCGAUGGAGUCAGAGGGCGAUGGAGUCAGAGGGCGAUGGAGUCAGAGGGCGAUGGUGUCAGAGGGCGAUGGAGUCAGAGGGCGAUGGAGUCAGAGGGCGAUGGAGUAAUAGGGCGAUGGAGUCAGAGGGCGAUGGAGUCAGAGGGCGAUGGAGUCAGAGGGCGAUGGAGUCAGGGGCGAUGGAGUCAGAGGGCGAUGGUGUCAGAGGGCGAUGGAGUCAGAGGGCGAUGGAGUCAGAGGGCGAUGGAGUAAUAGGGCGAUGGAGUCAGAGGGCGAUGGUGUCAGAGGGCGAUGGAGUCAGAGGGCGAUGGAGUCAGAGGGCGAGUCAGAGGGCGAUGGUGUCAGAGGGCGAUGGAGUCAGAGGGCAAUGGAGUCAGAGGGCGAUGGAGUCAGAGGGUGAUGGAGUCAGAGGGUGA